AUGCCUCCUCGAAAACGCGCCCGCGGAGGAGCAACCUUUGCUUCGACGCCAGCCCGCGACGACGAUGCCAUGGACGUUGACACGCCAAAGGCCGCACCUACCUCGCCCGUCAAGGAGCAGAUACCCGGUUAUAAUGCCAUGUGGACAGACGAUCAAGUCUCCUCCCUGUUCAAAGGCGUGAUCCGCUGGAAGCCUGCCGGCAUGCACAAGCACUUUCGCAUGAUUGCCAUCUCUGAACACCUCCGCAAUCACGGCUUCGACCCGGACGUGCACCAGCACACGCGCAUACCGUUCAUCUGGCAAAAGCUGCGAGCCUACUACAACCUCGAUCUCAUCGACGACCGCGAGAAUGUCGAGGACGACGAUGACGACGACGAGCGUUACCUCGACUUUACCCUGCCCUACAACGACUACCUGGAGCCCAUGAUGCACCGCGCCAUCGCCGCCCCGAGCGAGGCGCCCACGUCCCCGCCGCAGCUUGACCUCUCAUCGCCGCCGCCGCCGCCGCCGCGCCGCCGCAGCCACAACAGCGGCAGCGGCCGGCGCAAGCGCCCGCGGGAAUCGUCCAAGGCUGCUGCUGCCUCCCGCGCCACCGAUCCCGAUGACACCGAGGAUGGCACAGACGCGCCGGCAUCGCCGGCCCCGAAACAGACGAGAGGCGGCCGCGGUCGGACACGCGCCGCGAGCAAGGUCGAAAAGGCUGAGACGACCGAGGAAGAAGAACCGGAUGAGGACGACGACGACGAGACCGAUGGAGGCGAUGACACGAGUGAGGAGGAGGAAAGCGCACAAAACGAAGGUAUUACGAUGGAGUCAGUGUCAUGGUGUGUCCGAUAA